AUGUUAAAGACAAUGGACACUAAAAAACUGAUUGGUAAAUCCCUUCAGCCAGCAAGACCUGCACGCCACCUGUCUUCACAGCAUGCUUCAACAGUUACUUACAACUUCCAACCUGAAUUUCCAUGCAGCACUCAAGUAUGUUUACAUAGUGAAGUUAGCUGGUGGUAUGAGGCUACUGGAAUGCAGGUCUUAAAUCAAACUGUGAUCCCUAGUCAAUCAGAGUGCCAGGAGUCUGAAACCAAGAAAAAAAGAAUUAAAUACAGCAGAGAUUUCCUCUUGAAGCUUUCAAGUGUUUUGCUCUCUCAGAAGAAGCCGGAAUUUCUUCCUGAUCAUCCUAUUGUACUUGAAAAACCAAUGGAUGAGGGGUGGAACGUGCAAGUCACUGGAUGGACACCUCUUAGCAAACAAACAGGUAAGGGCAGUGCAGCAUAACAUUUUUUCUGUGAUUUGUUUAGGUGCAUUGUAACAAAAUUUGAG